AUGCGGUCCGCACUGAUGCUCUGUACUUUUGUCGGACUAUUUAUAAUAUUGAACCUAAGCGCCAACGAUGCAGUCGUCUUUAAGUUCACGAACUUUGUCUGCGAGAGCUACAACAAAUCCUUUAUAGUGUUCAACAACUGUCGCCUGAAGGCAAUCAAUCGAAAUAAAGUUAUUCUCAAUAUGAAUGCGACUAUAUUGCAUACGGCCAAUGCCGUAACGAUGCAUUGCAAGCUUUUCAAAAAGGCGAACGGCUUUAAACCCUGGAUAAUUGACAGAAGUGUUGACAUCUGUCGGUAUAUGCGUACCGGUUACGACCCUUAUUUCAAAAUAGUCUUUGGUCUCUUUCAUGAUUUUUCCAACAUUAAUCAUACAUGUCCUUUUGUGGGACAUCAAAUUUUAAAGGACUUUUAUCUGAGACCUGAACUUCUGGGGCUUCUCCUGCCAACGGGCGAUUACCUUCUGGCUUUGCAUUGGAUCUUUGGAAAGAACACAGUGGAUACAAAUGUGAGCUUUUCUUUCGUAGAGGACCUCUUGAAGAGCAAAUAA